UGCGCAGGUGCUUUAAAACAUGGCGGGGAAAGCUUGACAGACUCGGUGUACAGUAAAACUGUGCCGACCAAAUGUAAUGUUUUAUCGCUAAACACUUUAGGCCAAUGAUGAUAGUCGCUUUUGGACUUUUUUAGCUAACCUCUCCGUUGCUCUCGCUAACGGAAGUUAUUUAUUCGUGAUGCAAAAAACUGAGGAAGCUGAAGGCGCUCAACAGUCGCUGGUUUUCUUUGACCUGGAGACGACUGGACUGGAUCCCAAUUGUGAGAUCGUCCAGCUGGCUGCGGUGAGUGGAGGCCACUCGCUGAACCUCUACGUCGUCCCUCGCUGUCGAAUGCAGCAAGGAGCUUCCAAGGUGACUGGCUUCAAGGUUCACAGGCAGAGGCUGUACCUGCACCGGCAGCCUGUUCUCACCAACUCCCUCAGAGAGGUGCUCGUCUCCUUUAUAGCUUUCCUUCAGAUGCUCGGCCGCCCUCUCGUCGUCGGCCACAACAUUCGGCGCUUUGAUUGUGUGCUUCUGGCUCGCGCGCUAGAUGAAUUUGGUCUCAGAGCAGAGUUUGAGUCUUUGGUCUCAGGUUACGUUGACACUCUGCCGCUGUCACGUGAGGUGCUGAAGGACUAUGGGCUGGAGAGUUUUCGACAGGAGAACUUGGUCAGGAAGCUGCUGGGCGUGAGCUACAAGGCCCAUGAUGCUCUGGAGGACGUGCGGGCUUUACAGGCACUGUAUGAUGUUCUUCGGCCCAAGCCGGAAGUGAUCUGCAGGCACAGAUUUACUCUGGACACCAUGGACGACAAAACACCUGUCACAGUUGCCAAAGUGCACUGCAGACUACCAGGACAGCGCCCCCUGUGGGAGCACUUCAAACAGACUGUGACGGUUACGGAGGAUCAUAACAGAACCUGAUACAAUUUUAAUUCAUUAUCUGAGACUUAAGAAAUUAAUAUUAAAAGAAAAUAAGUAAACAUAACGAAAACCUGUACACUGGAUAUAAGGAAAUAAAGCUUUAUUGCACUUUUCUACAACACAACAUAAGUGGUCGAGCCUUAGGCAGUGUGGGGUAAAUUUUAAAAUGCCUUACUCAUCGUUGACCUAGCAGCUUUACUUUCAUUAUUAUAUUCAGAUAUUUGCUACCAGCUUUAUGACAAAAGAAACUUCAUAUACUUAAUGUUUCAAUGUGUUCUAUAGAAAGCUAUAUUCGACAUUAAUAAAUGUGUUGCAUUUCUACUCUGUUCCAGAUUGUAUACUCUCACAUGCUCUUUUCUGCUCACUAGCAUGUAAAACAUUCCAAUCAGAGAUGCCUACACCGCCCUCCCCUCUCGCUCCUCAGGGCUGACACUGAGGUGUUCAUAAGCGUGUCCAGGGUCUGACCUGCUGCCCAUUCAAAUAUCCUCAAGAGCAUAACAGACACACCCUUCUCUUAAGGCUUUGAUCUUUCCAGGGAGGCUGUGGAGA